GACGGGAGCGGAGCGGAGGGAAGGGGAGGGGAAGGGAAGAGAAGGGAGCGGGCAGCGCGCGGUGACGUGAGGGGGCGGCGCGCGCGGGGGCCCGUGGGGGAGCGCGCGCGCGGGUCCCGCCCUCUCCUCCCUCACCUGAGGGCGGGAGAGCGCCGUGAGGGCAGCGGAGCGCCGUGAGGGCAGCGCGGGCAGCUGAGGGGGCCGGGCAGAAGGAGAGUCAGUGUCUGUCUCUGCCUGCCGCCUCCGCCGGGGGGGGACGUGCCCAGCAGCUGAGGAUGCGCCCUCCCGCCCGCCCUUCGUCUGCUCGGGCUCCGGCGUCUCUGAGGGAGCCGCGGAUGCAGCCUGUGAGGAGGAUGAAACCUUCUGCAACGAGCAAGCGAAAGUUGAAGGAGAGCAGCGCAGAAAGUGCUGAGUGCAUUUCCCAGGUGCAGAAAAUCUUACGUGAAAGAUUCUGUCACCACUGUGCUGCUGGGAAGCUCUUUGGGAUGGAGCAGCAGUACAGACAUUUGCUGGAGCUGCUGAAAAGAACCACGGUGCACGGGGAGAGCAAUUCCGCCCUCAUUAUCGGCCCCCGGGGAUCCGGGAAAACGGCGUUAUUAAGUCAUGUCUUAAAAGACCUCAGGGAAACGGAACAAGUGAGAGAGAACCUCUUGGAAGUCCAUCUGAAUGGGCUUCUGCAGACAAAUGAUAAAGUGGCCCUGAAGGAGAUCACCAGGCAGCUGCAGCUGGAAAAUGUGGUUGGGGACAAAGUUUUUGGCAGCUUUGCUGAGAACCUUGCCUUCCUCCUUGAAGCUCUGAGGAAAGGAGACCGAAGCAGCAGCUGCCCAGUUUUGUUUGUCCUGGAUGAGUUUGAUUUGUUUGUCCACCACAAGAAUCAGACCCUGCUCUACAACCUGUUCGACAUCUCGCAGUCUGCGCAGACCCCAGUGACAGUUAUCGGGCUCACCUGCAGGCAGGAUAUCCUGGAGCUCCUGGAGAAGAGAGUGAAGUCAAGGUUCUCCCACAGACAGAUAUAUUUGAUGAAUUCCUUUGAUUUUAAACAAUACAUAAAGAUAUUUAAGAAACAGCUUUCUCUUCCUGCUGAAUUUCCCGAUGAGUCUUUUGCACAAAAAUGGAAUAAUAAUGUUCAGCAUCUCUCAGAGGAUAAGACUGUGCAGGACGUGCUGCAGAAGCUCUUCCACCACACCAAAGACCUGCGCUCGCUGCAUUCGCUCCUGAUGCUGGCUGGCAGCGCAGUGACCGUGCACCACCCCCUGCUCACGGCUGCAGACCUGCAGGAGGCCAGCAGGCAGCACAGCACCGACUCCAAGGCCAACAUUGUCCAUGGUUUGUCUGUGCUGGAGAUCUGCCUCAUCAUAGCCAUGAAACACCUGAAUGAGGUCUAUGAUGGAGAGCCGUUCAACUUCCAGAUGGUUUACAAUGAAUUCCAGAAGUUCAUCCAGAGGAAGGCACAUUCUAUGUACAACUUUGAGAAGCCAGUUGUCAUGAAGGCCUUUGAGCACCUGCUGCAGCUGGAGCUGGUGAAGCCGCUGGAGCGGCCGUCGGCGCGGGCGCAGCGCGAGUACCUGCUGAUGAAGCUGCUGCUGGACAGCAGCCAGAUCAUGGACGCCCUGCAGGUGUACCCCAACUGCCCCACGGACGUCAAGCAGUGGGCAGCCUCCUCCCUCAGCUGGCUCUGAGCCCGCCUCCCCUGCUGGGCUGCUGGGAGCCCCAGCACAGGGAGCGUUACCCGCUGCGAGGUCUCGGAUCCGUGAAUUUUUGGGAGCGGCUUUCUUUGCUGAUCCAUUUGGGAUUUCCCAGGGAGAAGGGUGCUGCUGUUCCCCUCCAGCAGCCUCGCUCGCUCCCAGGUGCUUUAGCUCAGCUCAGUGCCAAUCCUGCUCUCACGCUCAGCUCCCACUGGGAGAAAUCCAAGCUCUGCGGUCUCUUCCUGUGGCUGAGGGCUCCGGAUCCUGGCUCAGGCCCUGCUGCCCUCCUGGCUCCCUGCUGCAGCCCCAUCGAGUCACAGCUCACACUGCACUUUUCCAUCUCAAAUCUGACUUGACAUGGAAAAUUUAUCCAAUUAAAUCUUUAAUCACAACUGCAUUCACUUCAUUAAAUGUUUACUCCAACGGGCGUUGGCCAUUUUGUGCCAAGUGCAAGGUAACAUCUUUCCAUACCCAAUUUUUUGGAGCGAAACUCAAGCGUUUGGCUCAAGAGCUGCUCUGGGACCAGCCCCAUGUGUUUAAAAUAAAAUUUUCAAAGAAGCAUUUGCAAGUCAGAGUAGUCACAUUUUUUAUUUUCCCGCUGGGGAAGAGGGCAGAGUAUACAUUUGUAUUUGUACAAUAUUUAACAAUCACUUCAUUGAGGGCGAGGGGGGGUUGGUUGGUUUUUUGGCACUCGCAGAAAAGCAGCAAGUGCCUUUUAACAGUAGUACAACAACCUGUGCCCAAAACACUGACAAAUACAAAGAGGAAAGUCAAAGUAAUCGCUCACCAAACUCGAGAGGUAACGAAGAGGAGAUGGACUGAAAAAAACAAAGUGGAGGGAGAAAGCAAAGCAGUCCUGCUGGUUGAGUAUCUGAGGUAACAGAUGUUCCAUCAAGGAUGCUACUGGAGUCCUUUGCUCAGGGACGUGUAUUGCAGCUUCCUGUGUUUUGUACCAAGUGUUCCUGAUCAACAGAAAUGUCUUUAAAAAGGAUAAAAAAGCAGGAGAAGGGGUGAUGACUGAGUGUGGAUGCUGAUGGAGCAGCACAAGUCUCAGCACCGGCUACAGGUGAGGUUUGAGAACUGCACGCUGCCGUUCCUGGGUCAUUCCGUGCUCGGGGGAGUUUGGGAAUGCCCCAGGAAGGGCAGCGCUGGUUCAGCCCCUGCAGCAGCUCUGGGGCCCGGGGACAGGAACUUGUCACCCUCCCAGCUGGUGCGGCCAGGCAGGAAGGGACAGAGGGCACUGCCCAAACAAUGCCAGAACCCUCCCUAGCACCGCGUUCCCGGAUCCUGCCCUUGCUGCUCCCAGCUCUGAAGUGCCACGGGAAUUCAUUCCCAAGCGCUGGGGCACGGCUGGAGCAGAGCAGCUCGGGGGGAUCAUUGUGAGCCUUGGAAAGCUUCGGGGAGGAGCAGCCUUUCCUCAGGGACGCUACAUGAUGCUGGGAAUCCCAGGAAGCUGGGAGUGGAACAGGAGCUGAGCGGGGGCAGCCCCGAGCCCGCAGCGGCUCCUUGGGAAGGGUCACACGAGGAGGGACGUGGACACGGCUUCAGUUUCUGCAGCAGAUUCCCAAGAGCACAGAGUGAAACCAGCCCCGGGCUCCGGUUCUGCCAGGGAAGGGUCACACGCCCCGAGGAGGAGUCCAUGGCUGGGUUUUGUUCAGAACUCUGCUCCUGCCCUGCUCUGGGUGACCUUUAAUUACAAAUGGAAGCCAAAGGGAAGCGUGCAGCCAAGAGGACCCCACCAGCUGGAUUUCCUUCCCUUUUCCAAGGGUCCCUUGGAGCAGGAUCCCAGCAGUGCCCUGGGUGGAACAGCAGCCCUUCCUCCCUCCCUGCCCCGAGCUGGCUCUGCUUCCUCCAUCACACCCCACUGCUCCCAGGGAUGAAGUUCCCAGGUCCAGGUUCCAGCCAGCCUUCAGGAGCUGCCACCUGCUGCUUUCCAGAGACACCGGGCGCGGACACACGGACACACGGACACACAGCACGCCGCGGGCCGCCGCCGGCUCUGCUCCAGGGGGUCACAGCAUUUAUUUUCCUCGGAAUUUGGUGCGAAGGAUCCAAUCAAUGCAGUGGGACAGGAUUUGGGAGAAGCGCUUUGGCACCCAGCUACCAGUCACUGUAAUUCCAGCACAAAGCUCGAUAUCCUGAACUCCUGGAGUUGUGAAUUCAGGAAUCUCCUGGAAUUGUGAACAACUGGAGUUGUGAAUUUCCAUGUUUUCCUCGUUUGCUGUGAGUCUGUGCUCUGGCCAGUGAAAUUCCUUUCGUUACCUCGGAAUGGUCAUUGCAUAUUGGCAGCAGAACUAGGUCAUCCCUGACAUUUGUAACAUUUAGGAUCUGCAAUCUUGGCUAGGGCGUGGUGCGUGACUCCAGGCUCAACCUGCGGCUCAGGGGCGGUGAGCUGCACUCCCCUCCCGCGGCACCGAGCUUUGAGUGGAGGGAAGCUGCACAUCUCCAAGCAGAGGGUGAGGAAUGGGGGAACUGAGCUUCCUGAGGUGAUCCUGAAACAGUGACACAGCCCCCACUGCCUGGCGGGACGGGGAACGCGCGGCGACCUCGGCACAAACAUAAAUAGGAAAAAGACUCUUUUUCAAAAAAAAAA